AUGGAUGCACUACAGAACAGCACUUUGUUCGAAGGUCCCACGACGUCCAGGAUUCUUACCUUGAAUAGCCAUGCUAUACAACGGGACAAAUAUUAUCUGGCUGGUGUUAUGGUUGCCAUUGAUCUAGUACAUGGAGGUCCACCUCCAAUGUUUUUUUCAAAACUAUUGUUCGAUAUGCUAGUGUUUGGUCCGGAAAAUGUACAUCCUACGAUUGAGGAUAUCCCCGAAUCUGAAUUCAAACAAUCACUCAACUCGAUACUGCAAGCAGAUACGCUGAAAAAUUUAAGAAGUUCAAUGGAAGCCAACAGCAGCACUUUGACUUUAGCGGGAUGUUUCCACCACGUACGAUCGAUCGAGGACAAAGUGCCACUAAUCAGAGAUAUGAUCAAAUGGUACUGUCUUGAGAGGACACGUACGGCAUUUGACAGAUUUAAGUCUGGAUUACAAACCCUGGGUGUGCUGGCCACCAUUCAGUCAUAUCCAGAGAGUUUUAGAGAUUGCCUAAUGUUCACCAACAUCAAACUGACGGCGAUAUCGAUGGAGGAUAUUUUCCGUCCAUGUGUCAGUCCCACCGGAAGUAACCGGAGAACAGUCGAGGACAGACUGGUUGGAUAUUGGCGGGACUUUUUACAAGAUGCAGAGGAGGGAGCCACUGUGGUGACUUUGGAGCACUUAUUGAUUUUUGCAACUGGAACAAACAGAGUGCCGCCACUCGGACUCAGUCCUUCUCCUGUUCUGUCGUUUCUACACGAAGAGGAGGGGGGAGGAAAGUUCCCCAUUGCUAAUACCUGUGGGAAUGAAUUGAAAAUUCCAAUUCAUCCAUCUUUUGAAAUGUUCAAGGAAAAUAUGGAAUUCGGAAUUUUAAAUGCCCCAAAUUUUGGUCGAGCAUAG